AUGUCAUUGCCUGUUUGGAGAGAAAUCCUGUUUGGAGAGAAAGAGAAGGCCUUAUGGGCAAUUAUGCUUAUAAUGCAGAAAGCCUCACAUUUUGAUGUCCAGUUAUGCAUUCAAGGAGGUGACCAGGAGCUAGUGAAACUAGAGGGGAUUAGCCAUGUAGUUACCACAGCGAAGCCAGAGCAUGAAAGUGCUAUCAUUUGGUUUUACAUGCCUUGA